AAUAAAAAUAGGUAAUAUUAAAUUUUUAAAUAGAAAACUUUAUAGUUUUAUUAAAUAUAAAAAUAGUCAAUAAAAAUGAAAUCAUUAGCAAAAAAAAUAUUCUGCUGGUAUUUUAGUUUUGUGUAAGACCUUUUUGAAUUGGUUUUUGGUAUAAAGAUUUUUAGGAUAUUCUAUUAUGUAGUUAAUCAGAUUUUAAGAUUCUUAAAAUUUGCGUUUAUAUCAUUCCAUAUAGUAAUAAUUAUUUAUUACUUUAUGUAUCCGCAACAUGUUUACAAAUAGUUGUUAUUUCAUAAAAAUGAAUUAAACAACUAUUUUAGCUACUUUUUAGAAAAUUCUACAACUUAAUAGCUAUGCUAUCAAUGGAGGCUAUACAAGAGUGCUCUGAUUGAAUAGGAGGAGACUUUAAAUAUUUUAGAAUCAAGAGUUAAAAAGGAAGAGAAGCAAUUAGAAAUAUAUGUUUAACAAAGUCUGAAAUAAGUAAACAUUGAAAAUGAUUAGAAUUAAAAAGAAAGGAACUCAUCUGAAAACAAUAAAAUAGAAAGUGAUGAUAUAACUUUGAAUAUCUUAAAUUACUAAAACAAUAUAAAGAAGUAUAAAAGUGAGUAUGAUGAAUAUAAAUCAAAAUUAGUUGGAUACAACGAAUAGAAGAAAAAGGAAAUGAUGUGGCAGAAUUGGAUAGAAAUGGAUUUAAUUUGUAAUCUACAUGCAAACUAGAAUACAGCAGCAGAUUUCUCACCAUCUAAAAGAAAUACUGAAACAAGUAGUAUUUUGUUAGAGUUACAAAUUUUGAAUCUUAGUUAAUACCCAUUGAAGGUGAUUCCCUUAAAUAUAGUUUUGAUAGAUAAGUUUAAUUAGAAAAUACCUUUAAAGAAAGAUAUUAUUAUUUAGUAAGAUCAUUAGGCUAGGAAAUCAUAUUGGGAAAAGGUUCUUUCUGCAAUACUCUAAAAGUGCUUUCAUAUACUAGGAAUAGAUAUAGAAGAAGAUGUUUUUGAAAUUAGACAGCAGAUAGAUGCUUUUAAAAAGGAAUCAGGCAUUGGAAGCGACAUAUCUGGAAUCUUAAUAUCAUUAGAAAAUCCUAAUAACUAAUAUUUAAUACAGCAAGCAAGAAUUGAAAUAAUACCUUCUUUGUAGGGAUUAAAAUAUUUAAUUUUCCACUACUUUUAUGCAACAUUUGUAGGAUUAUUCACUGUAAUUAUAAUCUAUUUAUACGUUAUUACAGGGUUAAUGUAGUGCUGCUGCAAUCUUCGUGGAAAAAAGAAUAAAAAUGAAUGAAACUUUAUUACAUUUAUUAUUAUUUAUUCAAUGUAAAUUUUCUAUUUAACAAAAAGUGUAUUUUAAUUUUAAAGUAAUUAGCCAAUGGAUGGUAUGUUGGUUGAUUGAUUUGUU